AUGAAAUUUUUCCUCUCGCUUGCUCUUGCUUUGGCUAUUUUCGGUUUUAUUAAUGCUCAACUUUUACCCCCAGUUACUCCAUCAACAUCAACAGUGCCUAGAUUUUGUUUUAAUGCUAAACAAUGCCCAAUGGGAUAUCAAUGUUGCACUCCCAAUCGUCCUCCUUGUCAACCAGGGAGACUCUGUCCGCUGAAUUUGAUUCUACUCUCCGGUCGAUGCCAAGUCUCGUGUGGAUGCAACGAGGAAACUGUCAACAACGAUGUUCAAGGA